AUGGCUUCUCCCCGUCUCUUCCGACCGGCAGCUCGUCUGCUUUCUUCGCGCCUCUCCGCGACUCGUCCAGCCUUCCCUCAGACUGCCUGCACACCUUCAAUUCUGCGCUUUCGCGGUUAUGCCACACAAAACGGUACCAAGGAGGUCACCGUCCGAGAUGCCCUGAACGAAGCCCUUGCGGAGGAACUGGAGCGCAACCAAAAGACGUUCAUUCUGGGUGAGGAGGUUGCGCAGUACAACGGAGCUUACAAGGUCACCAGAGGUCUGUUGGACCGCUUUGGUCCCAAGCGGGUUAUCGACACACCCAUCACGGAAGCAGGCUUUUGUGGUCUGGCAGUCGGAGCUGCUCUAGCUGGACUGCACCCCAUUUGCGAAUUCAUGACCUUCAACUUCGCCAUGCAGGCUAUUGAUCAGAUUAUCAACUCUGCAGCCAAGACGCACUACAUGUCUGGCGGUAUCCAGCCUUGUAACGUUACCUUCCGCGGCCCCAAUGGUUUCGCCGCUGGUGUCGCCGCACAGCACUCUCAGGACUACUCUGCCUGGUACGGCAGUAUUCCCGGCCUGAAGGUCGUUGCGCCCUGGAGCGCCGAGGAUGCGAAGGGUCUGUUGAAGGCUGCUAUCCGCGAUCCCAACCCUGUCGUUGUUCUCGAGAACGAGCUUCUCUACGGCCAGGCCUUCCCAAUGUCCGAGGCUGCACAGAAGGACGACUUCGUCCUUCCCAUCGGCAAGGCCAAGAUCGAGCGUCCCGGAAAGGACCUGACCAUCGUUUCCCUCUCGCGCUGCGUUGGACAAUCCCUCAACGCUGCUGCUGAGUUGAAGCAGAAGUACGGUGUUGAGGCCGAAGUCAUUAACCUUCGUUCCGUUAAGCCUCUUGAUGUCGAGACUAUCAUCCAGUCUCUCAAGAAGACUGGACGUUUGAUGUGCGUCGAGUCCGGAUUCCCCAUGUUCGGUGUUUCUUCCGAAAUCCUCGCUCUGUCCAUGGAAUACGGUUUCGACUACCUGACAGCCCCCGCUGUCCGCGUCACAGGUGCUGAGGUGCCUACACCUUACGCUGUCGGACUGGAAACGAUGAGCUUCCCCCAGGAGGACACCAUCGUUGGCCAGGCUGCCAAGCUUCUCCGGCUAUAA